UGAGCAUCCAGCACGAGCCUGUCUGUGCUGCACAAAGUUCCAGAGCGCCGGAGAGAACACACAGGUACAAACAUGUCGGGGGGACACAGGAAGACGUUACUCAAGGUGAUCAUUCUAGGCGACACCGGGGUCGGAAAGACCUCGCUCAUGCAACAAUUCAUAAACGGGAAGUUCUCGCAACAGUACAAGGCGACCAUUGGGGCCGACUUCUUGCCGAAGGACAUGUCGAUCGACGACAAGAACGUGACGAUGCAGAUAUGGGACACGGCUGGCCAGGAGAGGUUCCAGAGUCUCGGGGUGGCGUUCUACCGGGGGUCCGACUGCUGUGUAUUGGUGUACGACGUGACCAACCCGAAGUCUUUUGAAAAUCUCCAGAGCUGGCGUGACGAGUUUUUGAUACAGGCCAACAUCAAGGACCCGGACAACUUCCCCUUUGUUGUGAUCGGGAACAAGAUCGACGUCGAGGAGAGCAAGCGCUUGGUGAGCUCGAAGAAGGCACAGUCGCUGUGCGCCAGCUUGGGUAACUUGCCGUACUUUGAGACCUCCGCCAAGGAGGCGGUGAAUGUCGAUCAGGCGUUUGACGUCGUGGCCAGAAGCGCCUUGCAGCAGGAGGAAAGCAUGGAGUUCACAGACGACUACACCGAUGCCGUGAACAUCCAGGUCGAUGGCGACAACUAUAGCACGUGCGGUUGUUAAACAGCCACAGCCGGGAACCAAGCCCAUCCUCUGCGUUGAACCGAUCUUGCCCUUCUAGCUAAUCAAACAUAUAACCUAUAUACUAACCCAUAUGUAAGACACUCGAGUGGUGCCUCCCUUAUCAAUCACUGCGCUGCCCGAUAAGAAUCGACGCGUCGAUUUUGGCGCUAUAGCAUUUUUCUUUCUAUUGCCUUCUCUGCCUUCUCACUCAACUUUUUCUCAGAACAAUUUUAUAAAUGUGACCUGAAUUUGCCACCCAAGUAUCACCUUUGCAAGACACUUCUUCUUCCUAUUGGCCCGUACAAG